AUGCAGUGGAGCCUGUGUCAGCUUUCUCCUCUAAUUCUCUCUAUAUGCUCACUGGUUUUAAUGGCACAUCAGGCCACGGCUACAGCACGCAGGGAGCUUGAGGCAUUACCUUCCCAGAGAAGAAGCAGCAGAGAUGUUAAUUCUCCAGCUCCUGUCGACUGUCAGCUGAGCCAGUGGUCAGAGUGGACUGAUUGCUUUCCUUGCCAAGAGAAAAAACACCGGUACCGGAGGCUGGUGCAGCCGGCGGGGUUCGCGGGGCGGCGAUGCGCGGGGCACCUCUGGGGCGAGCAAGCUUGCCGUGCCGAGACGACGUGUGUUGGACCCCCCAGCUGCGGGAAGGACUUUCGGUGCGAGGAAACAGGUCGCUGUAUUAAACGGCAUCUUGUGUGCAACGGAGAGCCAGACUGCCGAGAUGGGUCUGAUGAGGAUAACUGUGAGGAUGAAGAUAUUGAAAGCCCUUGUGAACAUCUGUUUCCAAUCCCAGGGUCUGAAAAAGCAGCCCAAGGAUACAAUAUCCUAACACAGGAAGAGAGCCAGUACAUAUAUGAUCCUAAUUUUUUUGGAGGCCACUGUGAAUAUGUCUACAAUGGAGAGUGGCGGGAGCUGAAGUACGAUGCUGCAUGUGAACAUCUGUACUAUGGAGAUGACGAGAAGUAUUUCCGUAAACCUUACAACUUUCACAUAUACCAAUUCCUAGCUCAUGCCGAUUCUGGAUUCACUUUUGAGUUUUAUGAUGAUUCAAAGGAUCUGCUUGAUGCCCUUAAAAGUGAUAAAUCCAGAACAAAAGGCUUUACCAUUGGAAUUGGGCCUGGAGAAUCAGCUUUCCAGUUAGACUUGGGCUUCACUUUAUCAGGUGGCAAAGGAUCCCUGAAGAAUUUCACGCAGUACACUGCAAAGGAGGUUGGAUUCAUCAGAGGUAUGACGAAGGUGCAGACAGCACGUUUCAAGAUGAGAAGGGACAACAUUGUUUUGGAUGAAGAUGUGCUGCUCUCCCUGCGGGAGCUUCCGGACACCUACAACUAUGGCAUGUAUGCCAAAUUCAUCAAUGACUACGGCACCCAUUUCAUGACAUCCGGCACUAUGGGAGGCGUCUUUGAGUACAUCCUCAUCAUUAACAAGGAGGAAAUGAGAAGAAAAGACAUCAGUGCCGAAGAGAUAAGUGCCUGUAUUGGCCGGUCAAUUGGCCUUACAGUCAGCGAGAGUAAACUGCAUUUGGAAGCGUCUGUGUCAUCCUCUGACUGUGCAAAGAAAGGAUUUCUGAAAACUGUCAACUUUUCAGAUGCUGAAAGCAACAGUGCAGUUGUGGAAGAUAUUAUUCCCCGGAUUAGAGGUGGAGAUACCAGUUACAGCGGAGGGCUCUUAAACAGUUGGGAUGGCAAUAUGUAUCGUCACUGGGGAAGGUCAUUAAAAUAUAAUCCUGCUGUUAUUGAUUUUGAGCUGCAGCCCAUCCACGAAAUUCUCCGCAGAAGCAACCUUGGUGACAUGGAAACCAAACGGCAAAACCUGAAACGGGCUUUGGACGAUUACUUGUUGGAGUUCAACGCCUGCCGCUGCGGACCGUGCCAGAACAACGGUGAACCCAUUUUGGUGGGAGACACGUGUUUCUGCCAGUGUCGACCAGGUUACGGAGGCCCUGCCUGCGAGCAGACUGAGCGCAGAGGUGGUGAGACAAACGGGCGCUGGAGCUGCUGGUCACAGUGGGGUCCCUGCCAGUCGGGCACAGCGCGGCGCAGCCGGCAGUGCAACAACCCAGCCCCGCAGCACGGCGGGGAGCCCUGCGCGGGGAGGGACCUGCAGAGCAAAGCCUGCUGA